AUGGACUUUGCAGCAUAUGACUUUGGAGCUUCCGGUGACAAUGGCAAAGGAGAUCAUUCCUCCCAAAACCAGCAGCAUGCAAUGGACGGCUCUGUCGAUUUCUUUUCCUUUGCGGAUGUCCCAGCGGAUUACCAUGGCAACGAUCCAACCACCAUGAACAUGGACUAUUCACAAGAUCUUGGCUCGUCAUUUGCAAUGACACAGUUUGGGAACCACGACGCACAGCAGCUACAGGAUAAUAUGAUGCUACAAGGCCAUGGCCAUGUUGGUAAUAGUGCUCAAUAUGACAUGUCACCUGCACAUACGCCAUUAAAUCGCCCGCAUGGUAUGGGCUCAAUCUUUGGAGAGGAUGAGGAUUUUUUCAGUCCGUUACUUUCCCCUGCGAUUGGGCCAUCAUCGUCGACGUAUCAACAACACAACACGACUGAAUCGACCUUUUCACCACUCACAUCACCAGCGUUGCAUUCACAACAAGGGAUGGAGAACGUAUUACAACAGAGAUUGGUUAUGAUUGAACAUCAGCAGCAGCAACUAAGAUCCGCUCAUCCCCACAUGCCUCCUUCUGCUAAUGCACAUACAGCAACAACUUCUUCACAUCAAUCAUCAGCAACAGCACAAUCACAGUCAAUGACAACCACAUCCUCAUCAACCAUAUCCAAAGAAGCAACAUACCCUAGGAAACUCGCUCCAUCAGCAUCAUCAUCAUCAUCCAAAGCAUCUAAUAACAACAACAACAACAACAAUGACGAUCAUGCAUUUAUUGCACCAGCCACUCCAUCGUUACUAAUGAGGUUGGGUCAACAAGGUGGCAAGAGCAAUGAUAAACCUUCCAUGGCAUCCAAUAACAAUGCAACACCCAAAAUAACACCACAACAUCAACCACCAUCAUCAGCAAUAUCCUCAUCCUCAUCCUCAUCCGUGGAUAAUAUGGCGUCGUUACCAGCUGCUAUGCUAGAGAUGAGACCAGCGCCUACUAGAAAGCAAUCUUUACCUGCUACUACAACUAAACGAAGGAGGGUAUCACGUACCUCAGCUGCAUUUACAUCGCCUGCAUUGGCUCCAACAGCGAUGCAUAUGUCACCAAGGGUACAUCCUACCACAUCAGGCACCGAUCCAACCAUUGCAGCUUUGGUAUCGCCAGCAGCUUUACGCCCUCAAUCAUCAACGGCGUCUCCACGAGCAUUGAAGCCUCUCAUUUCACCUUCACUACAACCCAAUGGAAAACGACUCACUGCUAUUGAAGAGGAGGUAGCUGCUGCUGCAUUAGCUUCUAAAAGCAACUAUCAAAACAUGCGUGAAGGCAAGGCAAAGAGCUUGGGUAUUGAAUUUUCUACGAGUUUUCAAUCAGGCGUUGAGAAUCGACGAUCGGCACACAAGGCAGCUGAACAAAAACGACGAGACACGCUUAAACAAAGCUUUGAUGCGUUGCGUAAGGAAAUUGCGGAUGCUUUGGUGGAACAACAACGACAAGAAGAGGAUGAGGAAGCUGCCAAGGAUGAUGUUCAAGAACGUCGAGACAGCAAGGAAAAAGAAGUGAAGCAAAUGAGCAAAGUGGUGUUGAUUCAACAUUCUUAUGAAUACAUCCUAAGGCUCAAGGAAGAAAAUCGAAGGAAAGAUCAAGAGAUGGCAUUGUUGCAACAAGAGUUAGAUAGUCUGCGCAAGCAAUUCAAUUCGAGUAAAUAA